CCUAGCGGUAAGCAAUGAUUAAGCAUAUUAACUCACUGGGUGCAAGUCAGCGGUUCCUCUCCGAAUCAGUAGACGGCGUGUUCUACGAAAUCGUGUUUUAAAUCCGCAGUUAUUCACCAGCGAAAAAAAUACAGACGCGCUUUCGAGGGAACAAAGAAAGGAGCUCGGGGGUUGGUGUUCCCACAAGGCCAUAUCUCCAGCUCUUGUUUACGGAAGCCAGACAGAAAUCAUAGCCGGCCACCUGUGCUAAUGAGCUAUCGAGCUUGCUUCGAACACCUGGCUGUACGCAACAGUGGGGAGGAAGUGUAGUUCUUCAACUGGAGAAACAACUUCUGUGCAAAUACUUGCCAAUGACAAGAAUAGCUUGAAAUCCACAAUUCCUCAGCCAAGAUGUCAAAAAGGCCAUCAUAUGCACCUCCCCCCACCCCAGCCCCCACAACUCAAGUGCCCAACACCCCUGGGUUUGUGGGGUACAACCCAUACAGCCAUCUGGCCUACAACAACUACAGGCUGGGAGGGAAUACCGGCAGCAACAACAGGAAUUCCUCAGGAAUCACUGUUCCCAAGCCGCCCAAACCGCCAGACAAGCCGCUGAUGCCCUACAUGCGGUACAGCCGGAAGGUAAGCAGGAAGGUCUGGGACCAAGUCAAAGCCUCCAAUCCGGAUCUGAAGUUAUGGGAGAUUGGAAAGAUUAUUGGUGGCAUGUGGAGGGACCUCACUGAAGAGGAGAAGCAGGAUUACUUGAAUGAAUAUGAAGCGGAAAAGAUUGAGUACAACGACUCCCUGAAGGCCUACCACAACUCACCGGCUUACCUGGCCUACAUCAAUGCCAAGAACCGUGCCGAGGCGGCUCUGGAGGAGGAGAGCAGACAGCGGCAGACCCGCGUUGAGAAGGGAGAACCUUACAUGAGCAUCCAGCCUGCUGAAGACCCAGAUGACUAUGACGAUGGGUUCUCCAUGAAGCACACGGCCACCGCUCGCUUCCAGAGGAACCACCGGCUCAUCAGUGACAUCCUCAGUGAGAUUGUGGUGCCAGAUGUGCGCUCUGUCGUCACCACUGCACGCAUGCAAGUCCUCAAGCGCCAGGUCCAGUCCCUCAUGGUGCACCAGAGGAAGCUGGAAGCAGAGCUGCUGCAAAUAGAGGACCGGCACCAGGACAAGAAGAGGAGAUUCCUGGAGACUACAGACUCCUUCAACAGUGAGCUCAAACGGCUGUGCGGUCAGAAGGUGGAGGUAGACAUGGAGAAGCUGGCAGCAGAGAUUGCUGUGGCAGAGGAGACUGCAAGGCGGCGGGCAGAGGAGAGGGAGAAGGAAGCGGCGGAGCAGGCAGAGAAGGCGACUCAGGCCCAGGAACAGCAAGAGCAGCAGCAGGCAGCAGCAGCCUCCGCUUCAUCUACCCUGCCCAUCACUGAACAGAACAACACCACCCCACCAACCACAGAGAACAAGGAGGACCAGGACAAGCCAACUCCUAUGGAGACCGAAGAGACUCCUGCAUCAGAGACAUCUGAGACCCAGCCUGAGGCUGAGGAGGGCACACCUGCUGCAGAGAAGCAGCAGGGCCCACCGGUGGAGAGCAUCACGGACGAGGGAACCAGUGACAGCACCGCCCCAUCCGAGAGCAGCACCGGACCCCCUGCAGACCCCCCUGCUUCAGCUGAACCUGCCCCAGAGGAACGCCCAGCCAGCCAGCCCUCCCAAUAACAUCUCUGUAGAAGGGCACGUCUCUCUCUGAGGACACCCUCCAACUUGUAGACUAGGGUCAUGCUUUGUGGGCACAGUGCUGCAUAUCAAAAAUAUUAGAAUGUAUAGAAGUCAUUUCAUGGGUAGAGAUGUCCAUAGUUUUGUACAUUCUGUGUGUUAUUUGCGAUGUCGUGCAACCCUGUGCCCAUUUAAAUAUGACCCUGUGAUGUUCUUCCACCAUCCCCACACUCAGUUUGUUUGACAUUUCUAAUGAUCUUAUGGAUUUCUGGAUUCAUACCACAAGCCAACCGUUCCUCUUUAGCUAUUGGCGUUGAUAGAACAGGGAGGGGCCUAGGCCUAAUUUAUUCCAUACCCAAUUGACAAUGGUUUUUAAAUGCUGUUUUUGUUGCCUUUUUUAAUUUUUUAAAUCUAACUUUUAGUUAGUAAUCAAUAUGGUGUGGACUGUUAGUGAUAGAUUAAAUUCAGAAUUCAUAUGAAAUGGCCAGUCCUUGAAUAUCACCUAUUAUAUCACAGCAAAUGGAUAAUUUGUGAACUGUUUUACAUUAGCUGUUUGCAACUGCACAGCUGUGUCAAACCCUGUUUCUGUGUAUCACCACUAGAGAAAUGGUCAGGAUGAACCUCAGAUAACCUCAUGCAUUCAAAUGACUGUUUUUACUUGAAUUUGAGUAUGCCUCUGCAAUUUGCAUCUUUUUUUGUACUGUCAAGCCUCUUGCCCAAAUAAAAGUAAUUUCUGUC